CCUGUCCCCACAGAGGGUCCCUGUCCCCACAGAGGUCGCGGCCAUGGUGGUGCAGGAGCCCUGCCCCAACCACACCAUCUACAUCAACAACCUCAACGAGAAGAUCAAGAAGGAUGAGCUGAAGAAGUCCCUGUACGCCAUUUUCUCCCAGUUUGGGCAGAUUUUGGACAUUUUGGUGUCGCGCAGUCUCCGCAUGCGGGGCCAGGCCUUCGUCAUCUUCAAGGAGAUGAGCAGUGCCACCAAUGCCCUGCGCUCCAUGCAGGGCUUCCCCUUCUACGACAAACCCAUGAGGAUCCAGUACGCCAAGACAGACUCGGACAUCAUUGCCAAGAUGAAGGGAACGUUUGUGGAGCGGGAACGGGAUCGGGAGCGGGACCGAGAACGGGAACGCAAACGGGACAAGCGCAAGGCCAAGGGCACAGGGGACACCCCCGGCCCCAAAAAGGGCACAGGGACACAGGGGGCACAGGGCACAGUGCCUGGAAUGCCACCGCUGGCGCAGCCGCCCCGAAUGCUGCCACACCUGGGGGGGCAACCGCCCUACAUCCCCCCCCCGGGCAUGAUCCCACCCCCUGGAAUGGCCCCAAAUCCCGGCAUCCCCCCGGGAAUGGCCCCAAAUCCCGGCAUGGCCCCAAUGCCCACCCCACAGCCUCUGUCGGAGAACCCCCCAAACCACAUCCUGUUCCUGACCAACCUCCCUGAGGAGACCAACGAGCUGAUGCUGUCCAUGCUCUUCAACCAAUUCCCGGGGUUCAAGGAGGUGCGCCUGGUGCCCGGGCGCCACGACAUUGCCUUCGUGGAGUUCGACACUGAGGUGCAGGCAGGCGCCGCCCGCGAGGCCCUGCAGGGCUUCAAGAUCACCCAGAGCAACGCCAUGAAGAUCUCCUUCGCCAAAAAGUGACCCCAAACCC